CCAGCUCAGGCAUGGAUCAACUGUGCAGUAUAAUAGUUGUUCUUUUACUCACAAGACCUUUGAUCAGUAGUACAAGUCAAGAGGAAUUGAAAGUCUAUUCGGAACCCAAGCACAUCCAAGUUUGUGAAGGAGACUCAGUCACAUUCAACUGUUUUUUUCAGCCAGGUGGAAAACAUAAGGUGAGCUGGUACUAUAGCCAGACACCUAAUUUAGGCUGUGACUCUCUAACUGACAAGAUACCUGAAGAACAGCAUUUUUAUACAGAAAAUAAUGACAUUUGGGCAACACUCAACAUUAAUUCCAUCAAGACCAAUGAGAGCGGAUGGUACUUCUGCAAGGUUACAAAAGAUAUUCCUUUUCUCGAAAACAAAUGCAGUGAUGGCAUACAAGUUCUGGUUGAUACCAACAGCAACCAGGAAUAUCCGAAACAGACACAGAAUCCGACGCAAAAUCUAACUACACAAGAUUCACCCACAACUUGCUUGAUCAGUGCCACAACAAUCCUCACAACAUCCUCCACACCACCGUCCAGCAUUGCUCAGUGGUGGAUAUGGCUAGCGUUGGCAGUUGGAUGCGUAGUACUAGUUGUGUUAAUUGUUGUCAUAUGCAUCUUGACUCGCAAACCUAAAGAGAUCAUCUAUGAAAACACCAAACCAGUGGAAUCGAGCUGCUGGAGGCAAAACCGGACUAAGAUGGACAUCUGCGACCUGCCUGACUCCAAAAAAACUGACACCAUUAAACCGCUGAGGAAGUAUGACACUCUUUCAAGCAACAGAAUCCACAGGCCAUAACUAUUCCAUAUGAAAGAAUUAUCAGAUCGGAAGAGCACA